AUGAACUGCGAACACGCAAAGGAUCUAACCCCUUCCCCUCUGCAUACCCCCAACGUAAGCAGUACCACAUCCACUGUACGGUCAAAGAGCAAGGCAAGCAGCAUCGGAAGUCAGGCCAAACGGAGACAAGCUUUGGAACUACAAUGGUUAGAGGAGGAAAAGGAGUUGGAACGACGAUAUUUAGAACUCAAGUACAAGAUUCUGUUAGAGGGCGGUAGCGACUGCUCGUCGAUUGUUAGUGAAUCCCAAUCAGUAUCAAUGUCAAAGGUGAAGAAGUGGAUAGACGACACGGAUGGAUACGGCGAGAAGGUUGACUGCGGUUCUGAAGCCGAGGAACUAGAGAAACGUCCACCGAGGAACUCGAUUGCGUCUAUAGAGCACCAGGCUCCGGUUCCAGAUCAGCAGCGCGCGACUCAAGUUAAUAUCCAACUCCGACGACCCCCACAACGUGUUUCCGGCCAACAAGAGACUCGGCCAAUCUUCGGUAGCUCCCAUAUGCGACAAUCAGUCGCUCUCGCACCGGAGGCUGGAUCAUGUGCCGAAGCGAAUGCGUUUGUACCAGGUCAACGUUCCACCCCCGUUGGGCGACCAUCCCUCCCAGCGCAUGGGCUUAGUGACGACACGGCUUAUGUGUUGAAUCGAAGUCAAAUCGCCGCACGCCAGGCAGUUUCGAAGGACCUGCCGGACUUCAGCGGUAAUCCGGAAGAUUGGCCGCUGUUCUUCUCGAUGUUUAACUCGUCGACUCAGAUGUGCGGAUUCUCCAAUGAGGAAAAUAUGUUACGGUUGGGUAAGUGCUUGAAAGGAAGAGCAUUGGAAGCAGUAAGAUGUCGCCUGCUCCACCCAUCGAACGUUGCGGGAGUCCUUUCAACUCUCAAGAUGCUCUAUGGACGACCGGAAGCAAUCGUGCAGGCGGUUAUCAAGAAGAUACGAUCAUUGCCGUCACCGAGCAUAGAGAAGUUGGAGACAGUGGUGAACUUCGCGCUGACAGUUGAGAAUUUGGUCGCUACCAUUCAAGCGUGUGAGGUUAGUGACUUCGUCUACAAUGCAUCGCUGCGAUACGAGGUAGUAGGGAGGUUGCCACCAACGUUGAAGCUGAGCUGGGCCAGGUUCUCAAGGAACAACCCUACUCCGAACCUAUUGGAUUUCAGUACGUGGCUGUACGAGACAGCAGACGAUGCAAGUGCGGUCGUAGAUACCGUAUACAGCGAUCAACGGUUUCGCGGUACUAAGCGGGAUGGCUUCUUGAAUGUUCACUCGGAAAUAGACUCUAAGGAUUCGAAACCAGCCAACUCUCCACAGAAACCAACCAUCGUUGACACCAAGAAGUGCGUGGCGUGCAAAGAGGAUUGUACGAUGCUGGCCAAGUGCAAACAGUUCGUAGACCUAAGCUACGAUUCGAAGUGGGCGACAGUAAGAGCUUACAAACUUUGUCGAAAAUGUCUGCGUAAACACAACGGGUCAUGUAGACAAGAAAAACCAUGCGGAACGAAUGGCUGUACAUAUCUGCACCAUCCUCUGCUCCACGGUUACGGAAACCCUCGAUCUGGUGAAUCUCAUACAGCAGCCGCUGUUUACGAGAAGAGUUGCAACGUGCACCAAGUGCAGUCGGAGAUCUUGUUCAGAGUAGUUCCGGUCAUUUUAUACGGCCCAUCGAAGGCAAUUCGAACCUACGCAUUCCUGGACGACGGCUCAGAACUCACGCUUCUAGAACAGAGUUUAGCAGACGAGCUCGGGUUAAGGGGACCAAAGAAUCCACUGUGCCUGAAGUGGACAGGCGAAACCACCAAGAUCGAAAACAGAUCACAAAACGUUAGUCUUCAAAUCUCCAGUGUAACGAACCCGAUCAAGAGAUAUGAUCUCUCCAGUGUACGAACGAUCAGAAAUUUGCAGAUCCGACCACAGACUCUCCUUACCGCGGAGUUGCAACAGAGAUACCAGCACCUCAUGGGACUACCGAUUGAGUCGUAUAACGAGGCCAAUCCGCGAAUCCUAAUCGGUUUGGAUAAUGCCACUCUCGGAUAUACAAUGAAGAGUCGCGAAGGACAGUCAAAUGAGCCGAUUGCAAUCAAAACACGGCUCGGCUGGAUUGUUUUCGGCAGUUGUGUGGGAGAGAAGAAUGCUGGGCAUUACGUAAACUAUCAUGCGGUACAGAUUUGCCAGUACAACAGAGAGACCGGUGAAGAUCUUCACGAACUCGUCAAAAGUUAUUAUGCCCUCGACAGCUUGGGCAUUUCUAAGCAAAGUAAACUACUUCUGUCACACGAGGACCAACGAGCACAGUCAAUUCUGGAAUCACUCACUCGGCCCGUAGACAGUCGUUUCGAAUCCGGGCUUCUAUGGAAGUACGAUUCGGUCCGACUUCCGGAUAGUGCAGCGAUGGCACUGCGACGAUGGCGAUGCCUAGAUAACCGCAUGAAGAAGGAUCCACUUCUGGCGGGCGAAUUGAACGCGAAAAUCCAGGAUCAUAUCAACAAAGGCUACAUUCGCAAGUUGUCCGCGGAAGAACUGGAAGUAAACCACCCACGAGUUUGGUACCUUCCGAUAUUUCCAAUCGUUAAUCCGAACAAGCCGGGCAAAACGAGACUCGUAUGGGAUGCAGCUGCCACCGCCUUUGGAGUUUCACUCAACUCAGUUCUGUUAAAAGGCCCAGACCAACUGACAUCUCUUCUGUCUGUGCUGAUCCAGUUUUGGGAGUUUCGGACAGCGGAAUGCGGCGACAUCCGUGAGAUGUAUCACCAAGUAAAGAUGCGGGAAGACGACCAGCAUUGCCAACGCUUCUUCUGGAAGGCCUGCGAGACAGAUAUCGACCCUAGCGUCUACGUAGUGCAGGUAAUGACGUUCGGCGCAUGCUGCUCGCCGAGUACGGCACAAUACGUAAAAAAUUACAAUGCAAAGAGAUUCGAACAAGAACAUCCAGAAGCAGUUCACGCAAUCGUAAAGCAACACUACGUUGACGAUAUGCUUCUAAGUGUGGAAUCUGAGGAGGAAGCAAUACAUGUGGUUCGAGAAGUACAGACAGUGCACAGGUCAGCAGGCUUCGAAAUGCGGAACUGGAUCUCCAACUCACCCAGAGUUAUGGCAGCUAUGAGCGAAACAGGCUCCGAUGAGAAAAGCCUUAGUAUCGGCGACAAACACGUGUCAGAACGGGUUCUCGGAAUGUGGUGGAACACCUCAAAAGACUGCUUCACAUAUAAAAUGUCACCGCGGUACGAGCAGCUACUGAUCAGUGGGCAUCGACGACCGACAAAACGCGAAGUGCUUCGUAUCGUCUAUCGAAAUACCUCGAUGCUACUGAACACUCACACCCGCGACGGACGGAACGGUGGUACAACUGCACACGAAGGAGAAACCAUCGAAUGCAGACUGGCCGGAGCAAAGACGAGAGUCGCGCCGCUAAAGUUUCUCUCCAUUCCGAAGUCCGAACUGCAAGCCGCCGUAAUAGGCGUGAGAUUAGCGGGAACCAUUGCCAAAUCGCUAUCCGUCAAAAUCAAUCAACGUUUCUUCUGGACUGACUCCAGAGAUGUCCUCUGCUGGCUCAACUCGGAUCACCGUCGGUAUAGCCAAUUCGUGGCCUUCCGUGUUAGCGAGAUCCUGGAAACGACGAACGUCAACGAAUGGCAGUGGGUGCCAACGAAGCUGAACGUGGCUGACGAGGGAACCAAAUGGACACGAGCUCCAGAUAUGACAGCCUCUAGUCGAUGGUUUUGCGGUCCCAAUUUUCUCUGGCAACCGAAGGAAGCAUGGCCUGUUUCCCCGCACUCAUUUGGAUCGACUAAAGAGGAGUUGCGGCCUCAUCUUCUGCCUCAUACCAUGCCGUUGGACCCAGUGGUUCAGCCACAUGAUUUCUCGGAAUGGUCUUCUCUACUGCGCCGAAUGGCUUAUGUGACCCGUUUCGUGGACAACCUGAGGCAAGCUAAGAUGAAAAAACCAAGGCAGAGUGGCCCUCUGACUCGUGACGAGCUAAGAAAAGCGGAAAAUUACCUGUUUCGUCUUGCACAGCGCAGUGCGUAUCCCGAUGAGAUAGCAGUCCUGAAUGAACCCUUAUCAACCACCCAGCAACGCAAGUUUAUAAAAAACAACAGUUCGCUAAGCAAGAUGUGCGCCUUUCUUGACAAGAACGGCGUUCUAAGGACCCGCGGCCGAACCCAAGAAUGUAAAAUCACAGAUUACGACGCCGCUAAUCCGGUUAUUCUUCCACGGAAUCACCACAUCGCUAGGCUUAUCGUGUCCAACGCACACAAGCAGUUUAACCACCAGAACCAUGAGACGAUCAUCAACGAGCUUCGCCAGCGAUUCCGCAGUCCACGUUUGAAGGCAACGUACCGUGCGAUCCGGAAGGAGUGCCAACAGUGUAAAAAUAACCAGGCUGCCCCGCAACCACCUGCGAUGGCCGAUCUACCACUCGCUCGCCUGGCUGCCUUUGCUCGACCAUUUACGUACAUGGGGAUAGACUAUUUUGGCCCAAUGACGGUAUCCGUCGGACGACGCACAGAGAAACGUUGGGGGGUACUGGAAACAUGUCUUACCAUUCGCGCCGUACACUUAGAACUCGCUCACACACUGACGACAGAUUCCUGUAUGAUGGCCAUACGUAACAUCUUCGCUAGAAGGGGAACUCCGGCAGUGAUCUACAGCGACCGUGGUACAAACUUCCAGGGCGCCAGUAAGGAGCUACAGCUAGCGCUACAGGAACUCGACGACGACCGGCUGAUGCGGGAGUUCACCACGGCUCGAACCGAAUGGACUUUCAACCCGCCAGCCUCUCCCCACAUGGGAGGAGCAUGGGAGCGUCUGGUUCAGUCCGUGAAACGAAACCUAACUGUGCUGCAAUCGAAUGCUACGCCAACUCACGAGGUGCUCCAGAACGCGUUGGUGGAAGUUGAGAACGUUCUCAACUCGCGGCCACUCACUAGUGUCCCGCUGGAAAACGACGAAUCUCCAGUGCUGACGCCCAAUCACUUUCUACUGGGUACACAAAACGGCCUACGAUCGUGGGUGCCAUUCGACGACAGCUCUGCAGCUCUACGAAACAGCUGGCAACGUUCGCAGGCCAUGGCCAACCGAUUCUGGAAGUUGUGGGUUAGAGACUAUCUUCCAACACUUACUCGGAAACCGAAGUGGCUCACAACAGCAAAACCCAUUGCAGUCGGCAACGUUGUCAUCAUCGUGGACCCAAAUCUACGGCGAAACUGCUGGCCGAAGGGUCGAGUUAUCUGCGUCAAACCUGGUGCAGAUGGAUAA